CAAAAUAAUGUUUCUUCGUGACUUCAACGUCGGAAGUAAGAGGAUUUCGAUCUGCAUCCACGCCAUCUCUCCCGAAGCUUCCUCUCCGGCUGCCACCGACCAGAAGUCGACCCACCCGACGCGGCACCUCACUUCCUCCAUUUAUAUAUUCCUCUUCUCCCAUCGCCGUCGAGCCUCGCCGUGAGGAGAGGAGAGGAGAGGAGACAAGGAGAAGGUGAAGCGCGUCUUUAGAUCGGAUCGGAGGAGGAGAAGAAAGGGAGAAGAUGGAUUUCGAGCUGCGGCAGGCGCGGGAGAAGCUGGAGCGGGAGCAGCGGGAGCGGGUCCUGCGUGCCAAGGCCAAGGCCGACCGCGAGCGCCGGGCCAAGGCCGAGGCCGCGCGCCGCCGCGACGCGCUGGAGGUGUCCCACCGCGAGCGACGGCUCGACGCCGCGCGCGCCCAGGAAGAGGCUGACCAGAAAAUGGAAGAGGUGAUGCAACUGGCGAAGGGGGUUUCAUUCUCACACAUGUUUGAGGCACUGCGAUACGUUGGUCCUGGGGAUAAGAUCAAGCUACCACCGUCUUCAUUUAAGGAGUUGUCUGAUGAAGGAGCUCUGGAUAAAGGUCCCAUGUACUUCAAGCUGUCAAAGGUUAGGGACAGAGUCCCGGGUGCCACUCAGGAACAAGAUGCCGAGGAGGCAACCUGUUGCGGUGUUCUUGAAUUCACUGCAAAGGAAGGCUCUGCAGAACUCCCGCCGCAUGUUUGGAACAAUCUGUUCCGGAGUGAUAGCCCAGACGUCCCUCUGAUUGAAGUCAGGUAUGUCAGUUUGCCCAAAGGAACAUAUGCAAAGUUGAAGCCAGAAGGGGCUGGGUUCUCAGAUCUCCCUAAUCAUAGAGCUGUCCUUGAAACAGCACUCCGCAAUCACGCAACACUAUCAGAAAAUGAUGUUGUUGUGGUGAACUAUGGGCAACUGCAGUACAAGUUAAAGGUUCUUGAACUAAAGCCUGCAUCAAGUGUUUCUGUCCUGGAGACGGAUGUUGAAGUUGACAUUGAGGGAUCGGAUUCAGUUUUGGACAACGAAGAGAAUCAACAUGUGCUUGUGCCGCUUGCGAUUGGAAAGGUCGAAUCCAGUAUCGUGGAAGAAGGAAAGUUCAGGUACUACAAAUUUUCAGUUGACGAACAUAUCAGUGAGAAAGUAGCAUCCGGGCAUGCUAAUGUUGAGGUUAAUAUUAAUACUGAUGUGAGUGGUGGUGACACUGAUAUCUAUGUUUCAAGGCAUCCUUUAGUAUUCCCAACUCAGCACCGACAUGAGUGGUCUUCUCAUGAAAUGGGAUCAAAGGUUCUUAUACUCAAACCACAGGAUACUAGUUUGGUAAGUGGUGCUUACAGUGUCGGAGUUUAUGGUUUCAAAGGGGCUUCUAAGUAUCAACUCUCUGUAGCUAUUAAGGAUGUUAAUAGCCAAAGGAUUGGUGAGCAUGCUAGUGCCUCAUCAAGUGUCGAUGUUGAUUCAGUUCUAUGUAAGAACUGUAAGCGCCAUAUAUCUAGCCGAACUCUUCCGCUACAUGAGGCAUAUUGCAUGAGACACAAUGUUGCCUGCAUGCAUGAUGGGUGUGGAGUUGUUCUUCGAAAGGAAGCAGCAGCAGAUCAUGUGCACUGCAACAAGUGUGGGCGAGCUUUCCAGCAGAGAGAAAUGGAAAAGCAUAUGAAAGUUUUCCAUGAGCCACUGCAGUGCCCCUGUGGGGUGGUCCUAGAAAAGGAAGAUAUGGUCCAACACCAAUCCUCAGCCUGCCCUUUGCGCUUGAUUGUGUGUCGGUUCUGCGGUGACACAGUUCAUGCUGGUGGAGAAGCAGUUGAUGUUCGAGAUCGGCUUCGAAACAUGUGCCAGCAUGAGAGUAUCUGCGGAUCCAGGACUGCACCGUGCGACUCCUGUGGACGGUCGGUCAUGCUUAAGGAGAUGGACAUCCAUGUAAUUGCUGUGCAUCAGAAGAGCUGAUUAUCCAAUGCCACUGGACUGAUGAUCCGAGCUGAGACGAAGUAUGUGGCACAUUUCAGCACUAUUGGACUGAACAUCGCCCCUUCGGACUGCGAAUAUGAUGUGUUAUUGGUUUGAUUGUCGUGUGGUGUCUCAUGGAAAAGAAAACACUGGUGUUGUUGAUGAUAUGUCUGUAUCUUGUUCCUGCAUACAUUAUUUAUUAUAAUCUACGUUCACUUGAACGUAUCUA